UUUGCUUUACCUUUUUCCUAUCAUCUUAUUAGUCUCGAUCCUCUUUACUCCCUUUUUAUAGAAAUUUAUAUUCACUUGAAAUUGCUCUUUCUUUUACUCACUCUUCUAUCUUUCUAUCUCUCUUUCUCUAUCUUUUCCUCUCUCGGUCGGCAUCGUCUCUUUUUCUCCUUCUUUUUUCAUCUCUUUCUUUCAAUCUUUCAUUCAAGUGGCCUCGUUUCAUGGUAUCCAAGUCUUAUUUUGAUUGUCCAAUUAUUUAAUAGUUCCUAGUGACACUUGUUGAUACAAUUUCAUGUAAUCCUUGUUUUCACCAAUUGGUUUUUCUGGUUCCUUCUGGUUGUUACUGGGCCUAAGUUUGGAUAAGAAAAUAUUGUGGUCAAAUCAAUUUGGAUUAUUAUGAUGUUUGUGAACCAUUGAGUGAUAAUGACAAAGGACUCAAGUAUUCAUUUUUAAUUUACUCUUCAUUGGCAUCCAUAUCAUCCUCAUCGAAAUCAGCUCAGGUUACAUCGUAGGUGAGGUUAGCUGAAGAUGAAGAAACGAAGCAGAUAAGAAUAGAAAUUGAAAUCACCAAUAAAGUGCACAAUAGAUGGAUAGAUUCAGACAAAGACUAAGAAACGAGCCGAAAAAUUCCGUCAACUAUAGAGAAAACAAUUAUGCCUCAAUCAAUCAACUGCGAAACAAUGUUUAUACCGCAAUUUACGACUAUCAUGCCUCCGGUGAAGACGAGUUAUCCUUGCGUAAAGGUCAAAAAGUACAAGUACUAUCGAAAGAUGCCAAAAUAUCUGGUGAUGAAGGUUGGUGGACUGGUAAAAUUGAUGCUAAUGUUGGAAUAUUUCCUAGUGAAUUUGUCAAACCACUUGCUUCAUCAAAUUCAUUGCUUUCACCUGAAAGGAAUAGCUGCCUUUCCGUCAUGAAUAUCAUUCGUUUUGAUGAGUUAGAGCUCAAAGAAAUCAUUGGUAUUGGUGGAUUUGGUAAAAUUUAUCGAGGUACUUACAACUACAGAGAGGUUGCCGUCAAAGUAGCCCUACGUCAACAAGAUGAUGAUACGAAGACUGUCAUGGAUAAUGUUCUUCAAGAAGCAAAACUAUUUAGACUUCUAGAUCAUCCAAAUAUCGUCUCUUUGAUUGGUAUUUGCCUUGAUGAGCCAAACCUUUGCCUUGUCUUAGAGUUAUGUAGAGGAGGUCCUUUAAAUCGGGUAUUGGCAGGUCGCAAAAUACCUCCUGAUAUAAUAGUUGAUUGGGCGAUACAAAUAGCUUCAGGAAUGGACUAUUUGCAUUGUAAAGCUCGUAUACCUUUGAUCCAUAGAGAUUUGAAAUCCAGUAAUGUUCUCUUGAAUGAACCCAUUGUCGGACAAUUUUGGAGAGGAAAGGAACUCAAGAUUACGGACUUUGGAUUAGCUCGUGAAAUUUAUCAAACCUCUCGUAUGUCUCAAGCGGGAACUUAUGCCUGGAUGGCUCCUGAAGUUAUCAAAAAAUCAACCUUCUCUAAAUCAAGUGAUGUUUGGAGUUUUGGAGUCAUUCUUUGGGAACUUUUAACAGGAGAGAUUCCGUAUAGAGGAAUAGAUCCUCUUGCAGUUGCUUAUGGAGUGGCCAUUGAAAAACUUAAACUACCUAUUCCUUCAACUUGUCCCAAAGCAUUUGCUGAUCUGCUUAAACUUUGCUGGCAUACAGACCCACAUUCCAGGCCAAGUUUUGAGGAAAUAUUAAAUCAUCUUGAAAGCAUAUCUAAAUCUCAAUUUGCAGUUACCACUCAAGAAUCAUUUGAUGAACUUCAAGAUAGCUGGAAGAGUGAAAUUAAAGAAAUCUUAGAAGAGUUAAAGUGCAAAGAAAAGGAAUUAAGAAGCCGGGAAGAAGAAAUAUCAAGAACGAAAGAUCGACAAAAACUCCAAGAGGAACAACUACGCCAACGAGAAAAAGAGAUACGGGAACGAGAGUUCGAAUUAUUAGAAAGAGAAUUGAAUAUAAUCAUUACCACGCAACAAUUGCCAAUACCUAAGAGGAGGAAAGGAAAAUUUGCUGAGAAAAAGUUGAUUAAACUUUUGAAACAUUCUGCUGCUGGGCAACAUACCUUCAUCAGUGAACCCAGUAACUUUAGGCACAAUAUAACAGUUCAACCCGAACAUACAUCACCAUAUCGAUUGCAAUGUGCAACUUCUAGUCCAGAUACACCACCUUCAUCUCCGUCUCUUUUAAGACUUAGAGCUUAUGCUCUUCCUCAAAGUGGACCAAAAGGCAAAACAUGGGGUCCAAGUAGUAUCCACCAAAAAGAGCGGAUUAUAUUGAAUCCUCAGAAAAUUUUUGUCGAUCAAACAAGCCACAUCAAAGGUUAUCAGAGUGCACCUAAUUUGGAUAAAACUCGAGUUAAUCACUUACCUACAAGAAUACUUACAGAUGACUCUAGUGAAGGCUGUUUUGCUAGCUCAAAUACAAAUGAUCAUUACAAUAACUCUGAAAAGAAGCAUAAAAAGCGAACAGACUUUGCUCUGCUUAAAGCCGGGAUCAAAUUUGUUGGUUCAAUUGGAUUAGAUCUGAGAUCUUACAUUCAUGAUAAAAAGGGUGGCCAUUCACCUAUUGAAGUGAGAAACAAUCUUGAUAUAUCGGAUAAAAAAGUACUAUCAAACGGAGGUUAUGCAAAGCAUGCAACUUAUCACGGGACAACUAAAAACUCACUUAGACCAUCUUUAAUGUCAACCUUAAACAAUUAUGCUGAAAAUAUGACUGGUGCUAAUGAGGAAGGUGUCAACAGCUACAAUCAAAUUUUAAAGAAAAAUGAUCUCAAAAACAAUCAAACUUCUACCUACAUUACAUUUGAUCGACGCAAAUCCUCAACUACAAGUACAGACAGUGAUUUUCUAGCACAAUCUCACGACUAUGUUUCAUCUCCACGCAUAUAUCGAUCAUAUCAUCGAACCUCAUCCAGUGCUUCAAUCAGCUCAUCAAGUGUUAAUCCAUCCUUUGAUCCUGGUGAAGAAGAUUGUGUUGACAUAUCCAAUCCAAGCACAGUAACAUUAACUUCAAAUCAAGGAAUUCAAAGACCGACUACUUUAAAUCUUAAAAACUCAUCACAAUCAAAUGUACGAAGUCACUGUGAUAGCCAUAAAUCAUUAUCAUAUUCACCAUCAACCCCAAUCUCUCAGCUCAGUCAAUGCAAUACACCUUCAGGUUCUUCAUCCCCUCAAAAGACUGUUUGGUUCAAAAUAAAAGAUCCAAGAGUAACAUUACUAGAUAUUCCCACUGAAGGCCAAUCUCAAGACGGUACCGUUCCUUUAACAGCUCUUCUGUCUGAAGACAUUCCGACUAGAACAACUUCUUUAUGAUACCUAAUGGCAAAGUCACAAUAUCAAAUCAACUAAAAGGCAAUCGUCAACAUUAAUUUAUCAUCGGGAAAUAAGCAUAUUCAAACCCGAAAUAAUAAAAAAUAAUUUUAUGUAAAUUAAAUGUAAAUAAAUCAAUUUUAUUCCUUUCUUAAUUGAAAGUAAAAUGUUUCAGUUGAUCCUGAAGCUAUCCUUAUCUGGUAAAUUAACAGGUUCUAGUCAAUGCAUUGGUGAAGUCAAUGCCAUCCAUUUCGCCAAAUUAGGUGCUUCGGUUGGGAUUACAGGUCGUAACAAGGAAAGAGUUAAUAAAGAUGUUGGUGCAUGUCAAUUUCAUUCAUUCAAUGGAGCUAAAGUGAAAUAUUUUUUACGGGUUUCCUACUGUGUAUCGAAAUCCUGAUAUAUUAUGUUGCGAAUCACGAAUUUCAGAUCCUUGGAGUGGUUGGUCAAACGAUGAUUUCUGCCGAGUCUUGAUUGAUACUAUUGAACAACUAGGUCGACUUGAUGUUCUUGUUAAUAAUGCAGGAAUAUGCAAGAUGGCUUUGACAUGGCUGUAAAAAAUUUGAAUCUUGAGCUGGGUCCAGAAGGUGUUCGCAUCAACAAUGCCAGUCCUGCAUACUAAACUUGCUUAAAAUAGCACCGAAACUGCUAUGUUGAGCAAGGGAAUCGAAGAUUUGAUGCCACUUAUAAGGAAACGAGUCGCUGAAACUUAUCCUCUUGGAAGAAUCGGUGAAUCUGAAGACGUUUCCAAUGCAAUAGUCUUUCUUGCCUCUGAUAUGGCAUCUUUCAUCAGUGGUUCCUGUUUACCUGUAGAUGGUGGAUCACUUGAUGGAUCCUACACUCACACUCCACCAGAUAUCAUGAAAAUGAUUUGUAAAUAGCUUUCUGAUGCCGUCAUAUUUUGAUUGUGAUGGAAAGUUGGUUUAAAAUUAAAGACAGUCCUUUGGCAGCUAUAUAAACCGUGUACUGUUAAUCAGAUAAAUAAAUUAGACAAGCUUGAA